AUGCUGACGCGGCCCCGGGGGCCGGCUCAGGCUUUGGCGCAGGGUCUGGAGGGAGAUCUCCUCAUGCUUGACUUGGACCGGCGACAGUUUGGGGAAGGCGGGAGCUGGGGGAGACAGGGCGAGAGUGCCGCAAGGCAGAUCGAGAUGCAAGGGUGUCCAAUUGGGGCAGUCGAAGGCAUGAACUUGGCCUUGACAGGCAGUCACAAAGGAUGGGGGAAGGAUGGGGAGGAACAAGAGGUCAAAACUGAAGUCCCUAGGGCAGCAGAGGCCAGCUUAUAUACAGGGAAGGAUAAGGGCAGGCUAUGCGCACUGGUCCGUGCACAGCUGGUCCGUGCACAGCAUGCUGACGCGGCCCCGGGGGCCGGUGAGUCAGAGCAGCUGUGUCAGUGGAGCCCGAGCUGUGCCGCGCACUGCCACCCAUCUAAUCUAAUCGUACAGUAG